AGUCGAAGCAACCAGCCCAGAAGGGCCGAAACCCAGUCCCGCUACUCCACUUUCCCUUCUCCUUCCAAUCCACCACUCCGCCGCUAGGGUUUUCAGGUUUUAUUGCGCAGCAGCGGCGGCGGUCGGCGGCGACAACCAAACCACCGCGAGAGCUCGAGCGAACUCGAGGUGGGGGGAGAUGAGGCUCCUCACGCACAACUUCCUGGCGUCGAACGUGAAGGGCGUGAGCACGGGCUACCCGCUCGCGCUGGAGGUCGCCAAGACGUCCAUCAAGGAGGUGGAGCUCAACGUCGACUUCCUCCGCGGGAUCCUUCCCAAGAUCGACUGGCGGGCGCUCUUCGCCGCGACCAGCGCCGCUGGGUUCCCGGAGCUGCUCGCGGCGGAGCAGCCGCCCGAGGCAGAGCUCUUCGCCGAGGGCGCCGCGGACGUCGAAGGCAGCGCGAUCCGCCGCCUCCACCACGCGCUCCUCGAGAUCCACGUCGAAGAGGGCACCCUCGUUUGCCCCGAUAGCGGCCGCUCCUUCCCCAUCCUGAAGGGCGUCCCCAAUAUGCUUCUCCACGAGGACGAGGUGCGGCACUGACUCGCGAGUAUCACCAGCCGGCUGCCUUGCUUGCUUGUUUGUUUGCUCGUGCCACAUACGGUUGGUUAUGUAUGCACUUCCAGGGCUUGGACUCCUAAGAUUGUGCGUAUGAACUAUCUUAGUAUGAAUUGUGUAUUUUUGAAGUCGUGCCUUGAUAAAAACUACUCCUACCUGUGACGUUUUGCUCCAAAUCGCGCUUUUGUUUCAUAUAUUGGGGCUUCUGAACCUCGACUUUACUCAA